AUUGGAAUUAGCAGCAGCAGCAGCAGCAGCAGCAGCAGCAGCAGCAACAGAGCAGAAGCAUCAGAAGCAGCAGCAGCAACAUCAUCAGGAGCAACGACGCUGGACGUUGGGACGCCUAGCGUCUCUCUCUCUCUCUCUCUCUCUCUUUCUCUCUCUGUUUUUCUCUCCCUCUAUCUAUCCAUCUACCAAUCUAUCUAUCGCUCUCAGCCGUUCGUUCGGCCGCUCGGUCGCUCAUAUUGUUAGACGAGUACAGACGACUGUUUUAACGCUCAGUGAUCUACGUGAUGCCGCCGUGAUCGUUCGGUGAUCCGAUCCGUUCGCGCAUUUCUUUCCGCGUAGACGUGCGCGAGAAUCACGUGCGUCAUCUAGAAGGACGGCCAGAAGGGAUCCAAAAAAAAACGGAAAGAGGGAAGGUGUGACUUUUCUCGAAACGACGACAAUUACAGCUAGCAAUAAAACGACAAUAAAAGGGAUCGCUCAACGGCUCGUUUACAGAGAAGUGCGAUAUAAAUGCUCUAACGAAGCCCGACGUCGCGGGAUUUUCGGCUUGUAUGCCCGAAAAAGUCCGAUAUGAGUACAGAAGGAAGAACGUUCUCAGGGAGAUGACACCACGACGUCACGUAUUCGCGGGUAUUCGUCGAGCAAUUUUAGCUGCCGCGAUCGUGGGCUUGAUCAUCUUAGCCCUCUCCAAUCAAGAUGGUACCAACAACGUGCAACAGGGAUCGCUUUUGGACGACGAUGCCAACCUAACGCCAGAGGAGAAAAUGAUCGAACAAGCGACGGCUGCGGAAACGGAGGCUCGUUUGAACGAACGAAGAAAAUUUUUGGCGGAAAAGUGUGCCGAGGAAGGACUCGAUCGUCCUGGAAACGAUUCCCUUCACAAGCCCAAUGCCUGGGAGUUCCUUGUAAAUAGAGAAUAUCAUCUGAUAUGGUGCAACGUAUUCAAAGCAGCAUCCACCUCGUGGAUGUAUAAUUUUAAUCUACUUGCAGGAUACAGUCCUCAAUUUUUGAAAGCCUCUAAAGCUGUGCCUGUUUCUCUGGCACGGCAAAAAUAUCCUAGACACACGGCCGAAGAAUUAGCGAAAUUUUUAAACGAUAGUAUUAGCUUUCUAAUCGUGAGACAUCCCUUCGAGAGAUUAUUGAGUGCCUAUAGAGACAAACUGGAGCAUAGUUUACCCCAUACGUUUCACAGUAAUCUCGGUGCCCAUAUAGUUUGGCAUUAUAGAUUGAAGGUAUUUUUUACUUUAAUCACUUUAACAAACAAUCCUGGGACUUUUUCUCAAUCGUUUGACACGAUUUUCUUAAUUAUUUUACAGAAUACGAAAACGAAUGGAAAACAUGGACCGAGAUAUCCAUUCUUCGAAGAAUUUGUAAGAUGGCUUUUGUGUCAGUGGAAAGCUGGAAACGAAUUAGAUAUGCACUGGACACCGAUAGUCAACUUUUGUACGCCCUGCCAAGUGCGAUUCGAUAUAAUCGCUAAAUUCGAAACACUUCGAGAAGAUCAGGACUUCCUUAUAAAGCAGGCACACGUUGGACAUAUCAUUAAACCGGAAUGGAAAAAUCCAACGAGAGGUGUUCAAACGAAAGACGUCGUUAAAAAUUAUUUCGCUCAAUUGUCCAAGACACAGAUCAAUGAUCUCUAUGAGAUGUUUAGGUAUGAUUUUAUACUCUUCGAUUACUCUCCCGAGGAAUAUAUUCCACUUGGAAAAGACAACCCGAUUACGUUGAUAUGCAAAAAUUGAAGUCGAAAUACUUAAACUAUAUGACGCGUCGAUCGUACUACUUUUGAGAAUGUAGCAUUCCUUUUUUUAUAUAAAUGUAAAUUGUUACUUGAAAAACAACGAAACAUUAAAUUAUGCUUUCAUAAAGUUGAAAACUGCUAUACUAAUCUGUAUAUAAUAGUCAUGAGAUUGAGAGUAACUUAUUACAUAGAAAUAAAAAGAAACAUAAUUUUAAAGAUGUACUUUAAAUGAUAAUGCAUUAUCCUAAAUAUUUUCCUAAUGUAAUAAAUAUUCAAAUAUUCUAGAGAAUUUUUACAAUGAAAAUUAAACAUUGAUCCAUUACUUCCGCUAGAAAUUAUUUUGUUAUUUAAUUAUCGUGCAACUGAGAGACAUCUUUGAUGCUUGCAUCUAAUGCACAAGACAGCUUGGAAAGAGGUGGAAAUCAAUGAUAAAACGAGAAGAAAAAGGAAACAAAAACUUCUCAACACGGAUAAUAAAUCUACAAGCGGCUAUGCAAUAAAAUUGCUAAUAUAACUUUUAUAAACAUACGUUUAUGUAGAAAGAAGGAAAUGCCAUUGUUACUUUUUCUCUAUAAUAUUGUAAAACAAUUGUUAUAAUUCAUUGCUAUAAUAUAUGUAACAUGUUAUGAAAUUUGAAAAAUAACCGCCUAUAGUAUUAAUGUCUUAUUAUAAAUAGCCAUAAACUUUUCACUGUUUCAUCUACAUUGCAGAAGAAAAAUAUCAUGUUAUAUUAAAAGAGAGAGAAAGAGAGAGAGAAAGAGAACAGAUACUUACUGAAACGAUACAUUUUGUAGCACUACGCCUAAUAUCCAUUUAUCAAAAAGAACAUAUUGCCAUUGUUCCUUCAAGACCAAAAAAUCGCAGGGUUUGUCUUCUUCGUGUUUUUCUAUUAAUACAGGCUCUCCUUCGACAGUGUAUAACUAUAACAAAUAUAAAUAAAGAAAUACCUGUUGCUAACGCAUUAAA